AUGUCAAAUAUUAUCCUUUCUACGUGCAACUCACUUUUGAACCUCGAUGUUCUUGGAAUUGAACACAAUGAGAAUGACCUAGCAUAUUGGCUCCAGACAAAAGGAUUUGAAAUUCUUCCAGCUCCCAUUUUCACCGCAUCUUCCGUGCUUUUUGGAUUGGUGGAUCCUCUUGAUAUCAAGGCUCUUAUUGAAGCGAGCCUACAAGAGGACGCAAGGCAGACAGGCCUCCAGCAUGAAGAGGAAAGUUGCUUGGAAUACCUCAAGCGAGGAGGCCAUCUUUUUAUGGAGGAACACAUGGAUCGUGCUCAAAUGGAAGUAUCGUUGUUCAGUACCACUAUUGCGAGCUUGUGUGAAGAACUGGACGCUAGAUGUCACCCAACUCUAUGUCGUGUUGAUCCAAAGAAGCUGGUCACAAUCAAAGCUGUUCCUACAAAGGCUGUUCAAGAAAAAUGCUAUGCAUGGCUUCGCACAUCAUCGCAGUCUCAGGAUAUCACACAAGAUUCCAGUGCCAGUCGAAUACUUCAUGAUUUCCCCUUAACUUCACAAUGUCCCUGUCCGCACGACCAUGUCCUUAGGCCCGACAAUCAAUUUAUUCCACUUCCUCAUGUCAUGAAAGCUUGGGUAGAUAACUUCACAUACAGUGCAUAUACAAACAUGUCUUUGGCAGAAGCUAAUGCGCCCCUACACCCCGACCACGGUAACAGCUUCACAGCAAAGGAGUCUAAAUCACUAAAUGUGCUCAAGUCUGACUUCCACAUUCUGGACUUGAAGAAGCAACGCGCACAGUCAGAAGUUGACAUGUUGUCUGAAGCUAUUGUACGCAUCGCCGAGUUCCACCAUAGUGAUGAUGGUACUACCGAGACGGAUGAAUCCGAUUCACUUGACGACUGGAUGUCAACCUCAUCCUUAUCUUCCAGUUGCUGGUCACUCUAG